AUGGCAACCGAAACCGCCCCGGUUGUGCCCAAGCUCGACGCCGCGCCCCCGCUGCUGAUCAAGAAGCUCUCGGACAAGGCACGCCUGCCCACGCGUGGCAGCGCGUUCGCCGCCGGCUACGAUGUCUACGCCUCCAAGGAUACAGUGAUUCCCUCCAAGGGAAAGGCUCUUGUGGAUACGGAUAUUGCGAUUGCGGUUCCGGCGGGUACUUAUGGCCGCAUAGCCCCCCGCUCCGGCCUGGCAUCGAAGCAUUUCAUUGACACGGGCGCAGGCGUCAUUGACGCCGAUUACCGGGGUCAGGUCAAGGUGCUGCUGUUCAACCACAACGAGGCCGACUUCGAGGUCAAGGAGGGCGACCGCGUAGCGCAGCUCAUUAUCGAGCGCAUCUACACGCCUGAGGUGGUUGAGGUGCAGGAGCUCGAGGAGAGUGUGCGUGGUGCUGGAGGGUUCGGCAGCACGGGUACGAACUAA